AUGUCAACUAAUUUGCAUGUUCUUUUGACUUGUGAGUUUGCACAGGUUAUGGAUGAAAAGUAUGAUGUGUUUCUUAGUUUCAGAGGUGAGGACACCCGCAAUACUUUUACCAGCCAUCUUCAUGCUGCUUUACUUGGGAAGAAAGUUGAGACCUACAUAGAUUACAGAAUCGAGAGAGGAGAUAAAAUUGCUCCUGCCCUUCUCGAAGCAAUCGAGAAAUCAAAGCUUUCAGUUAUUAUUUUCUCAAAAAACUAUGCUUCUUCCACUUGGUGUCUGGAUGAAGUUGUGCAUAUACUAAAAUGCAAGGAAAGAGAUGGGCAGUUUGUUAUACCGAUUUUUUACGACAUCAAUCCAUCAGAUGUACGAAAACAGCUGGGUAGUUUUGCAGAUGCAUUUGCUCAACAUGAAGAACGUUUCAAGGACAAUAUGGACAAGGUUCACGAGUGGAGGCUUGCUUUGAGGAAAGCAGCCAAAAUAUCAGGGUUUGAUGAUUCAAACAAAAUUGGGCUGGAGUCUGAUUUAGUUAAGACAGUGGUGAAAGAUAUUUUGACCAAAUUGAAUCGCAAAACAUCAAGUUAUUUAAAGGGCUUGGUUGGAAUUGAAAGCCGCAUUGAGGAAAUCGAAUCGUUAUUAUGCAUUGAUUCACAAGAUGUUUGCAGUGUUGGUGUUUGGGGCAUGGGUGGUAUUGGCAAGACCACUCUUGCUGAUGCUAUAUUUCACCGAAUCUCUUCUAAAUUUGAAGCUUGUUGUUUUCUUGCAAAUGUUAGGGUGAAAUCAGAAGAAAAAGAUGGACUAAUUCACUUGAGAAAUACACUUGUUCGGAAGAUAUUAGAUGAUGAGAAUCUAAAUAUCGACACUCCAUCUAUAGGAUCAGAUCUUGUUAGAAAGAGGCUAGGUCGUACAAAGGUCCUCAUUGUUCUUGAUGAUGUGGAUGACUCAAGCCAAAUAGAACUUUUAGCUGGAGAUCAUGCUCUUUUUGGCCCUGGAAGUAGAAUCAUUAUAACAACUAGAGAUAGGAGCCUACUUAAGAAAACUGUUGAAGAUGAUAAGAUAUACAAGGUUAAGGCAUUAACACGUGAUGAAGCUCUUCAGCUUUUUCAUUUGAAUGCUUUCAAAAAUAACACUCCUACAGCAGAUUAUACAGAGUUGGCCGAAAAGGUGGUAGGUUAUGCUGGAGGCAUUCCAUUAGCUGUUCAAAUUUUAGGUUCCUCAUUCAUUCAAUGUGAGAGGAAAGAAGAUUGGCUAGAUGAAUUGGUCAAUUUGAAAAAAUUUCUAAGCAAAAAAAUCCUGAAAGUGUUGAGGCUAAAUUUUGAUGGAUUAGAAGCAAAUGAGAAGGAGAUAUUUCUUGAUAUAGCAUGUUUUGAUAAAGUGCAGACAUUGUAUAUUGUCAAAAGAAUGUUAGAUGCUAGUGGUUUCCGUGUAGCGGGAAUUAGAGUUCUUAUUGAUAAGGCUCUCGUAUCAAUUUCAGAAAACAUGACCAUAGAAAUGCAUGAUUUGCUACAAGACAUGGGCAGGGAUAUUGUUCGUGAACAAUGUAUUGAAGAGCCCGGAAAACGCAGUAGGUUGUUCAUGGCUGAAGAUGUCUAUCGCGUGUUGAAAAACAAUACAGGAACUGCAACGGUUCAAGCCAUAUUCAUGAACAUGUCUGAGAUUGGACAGCUACACUCGAAUCGUGCAUACUUCAAAAGGAUGUAUAAUCUAAGAUUGCUUAAUGUUGAUAAUUCUAGCUUUGGGAAUUACUGGGAAUUAGAUGUUUCUCUUCCAAAUUCUCUUCGUUAUCUUUGCUGGGUGGGAUAUCAAUUGGAAUCUUUGCCAUCAGAAUUUUCUCCAGAAAAUCUUGUUGAGCUACGACUGUCCUACAGCAAUGUUGAACUACUUUGGAAUGAAGACCAGAAUCUUGGGAAUUUAAAAGUACUUGAUCUUAGUUACUCCAGAAAUCUUACUGAAGUUCCAGAUUUCUCUCAGAGUCCUAAACUUGAGUAUAUAAAUCUUGAGGGCUGCACAAGUUUGGUUCAAAUUCCUUCUUAUUGCCAAUAUCUUGACAAGCUGACUUAUCUUAACCUGGGAGGCUGCUCGAAUCUUGAAUCGCUUCCAGAGAUGCCAGGAAAUAUUGAAUACUUAGAUAUGAGUAGCACUGCAAUAAAAGAAAUGCCUUCAUCAGUGUGGUCUAAUGAAAAAAUAUCUUGCUUGGAUAUUCAAUGGUGUAAAGACCUUAAGAAUCUACCCAGCAGCAGUUGUAAGCUGAAAUUAUGUAAUUUGAGUUUCCAGGGCUGUUCAUCUCUUGGCAAGUUUUCGGAGCUUCCCAGCAAUAUAAUGGAGUUAGAGUUGUCUGAGACAGCAAUAAAAGCAUUGCCCUCAUCAAUCGAGAAUCUCUCUUGUCUCAAGAAAAUUGUACUGCAAAAUUGUGGAAGGUUUGCAGGACUCCCAACGAGCUUUUGUAAGUUGAAUUCUCUUGAGAGACUUGAUCUCACUGGUUGCUUCAAAUUUGAAUACUUCCCAGAAAUCUUGGAGCCUAUGGAACAUCUAAACUUUCUUAGUUUAUCACAAACAGCGGUUAAAGAGCUACCCUCAUCGAUUGACAAUCUAAUGGGGCUUCAAACAUUACAGCUCUAUGGGUGCAAAAACCUUAAGUUUGUCCCAAAUAGCAUCUACAACUUAAACUGUCUUAAAACUCUCAUGUUUGGUGGCUGUUUGAAACUUAAAAGUUUGCCUUCCUUCUCAGUUGGUUUGUGCUCUUUGGAAGAACUAAACCUCAGUUACUGUGGUAUAUUAGAGAUCUCUGAUUCCCUCAUUUCCUUAACCUCGUUACAGGAUAUAGAUCUAAGUGGAACCAUGAUCAGGAGCUUACCUGCAAGCAUACCAAAAGUAGAGGAAGAUACUAAAAUUGAGAGAGAUCGUGAUGAGUAUGGAGCAAGUGGGAGUGAUAUUUUCUGCACCUUGUGUGUAAGGGAAUGGAAUUGGAAGGAUAGAAAGAAUGACAUGGUGAACUACGUCCUGAGACAAUUGAAAAGGAAAAAGGAAGGGGCAAACUUGUGUGUAAGGGAAUGGAAGUGGAAGGAUAGAAAGAAUGACAUGGUGAACUAUGUCCUGAGACAAUUGAAAAGGAAAAAGGAAAGGGCGAAAGAAUUUUUUGGCGCCCUUGGAAGGUAG